ACUACGUGUUACAGAUCUCGCGCGAAUUGUUUGAAGCGGUGAUGGUGCGCGUUAGGGGAGGGGGAGGGGACCCACAAAAGAUGUGUAGUGAAUUUUAUUUAUUUAUUUAAAUAAAAAAUGGCCGCCGCAGAGAGCGGAGAGGAGAGACUUGAUGAGAAGAGCGAGGAUCAAGAGCUACAGGGCGCGCGAGACCGGACGCAGAAGCCGAAGAAGGCCAAGCGGGAGCGCGGGCCGCGGGAUGAGGCGCCGCCGGAGCCCGCCAUGUCCGCCCAGAGCUCGGCGCUAGCGCGGCCGCCGGAGGACCAGCGGCGGCCGGCCGACAGCGAGGAGGCCGAGGCCGAGGAGUCCGGGUCCGGCGGGGGCGACCCGGCCCACCUGGAGCCCUCCGCCUCUCCCAAGCAGCGGCGCUCCAUCAUCCGGGACCGCGGGCCGCUGUACGACGACCCGUCGCUGCCGCAGGGCUGGACGCGCAAGCUGAAGCAGCGCAAGUCCGGCCGCUCGGCGGGAAAGUACGACGUCUACCUGAUCAACCCAGAGGGGAAAGCCUUCCGUUCCAAAGUGGAGCUGAUAGCGUACUUCCAAAAGGUAGGAGACACCUCCACUGACCCCAAUGACUUUGACUUCACGGUCACGGGCCGCGGGAGCCCCUCCCGCCGCGAGAAGAAGCCCCCCAAGAAGCCCAAGGUGGUGAAGCCUUCCGGGAGGGGGCGGGGCCGUCCCAAAGGCAGCGGCAAGGUGCGGCCCGCCACGGAGGGCGUGGCCAUGAAGCGGGUGGUGGAGAAGAGCCCCGGGAAGCUGCUGGUGAAGAUGCCCUUCACCCCCCCCAAACCCGAGGCGGGGGGGCCUUCGGGACAGGUGGCGGUCGCCAAACUGCGUCCGGGACGCAAGCGGAAGUCGGAGCAGGACCCGCAGACCACCCCGAAGAAGCGCGGCCGCAAGCCGGCGGCGGCUGCCGCGGCGACGGUUUCGGUGGGAAGUGCGGGCUCCGGCGCUCCCUACGCCGCCACGGUCGCCAUGGCCGCCGAGGCCAAGAAGAAAGCGCUGAAGGAGUCUUCCACAAAGCCGGUGCAGGAGACCGCGCUGCCCAUCAAGAAGCGCAAGACGAGGGAGACGGUGGAGGAGCCGGACCCCCCCCCUGUGCCCCCCGCCGCUGAGCCGGGCGCCGCGCCCGGGACGAGGUCCGAGACGGCGACAGGAACAGGAAUGGGGUCGGGAACGGGAAUGUUGUCGGGAAUGGGGUCGGGAACAGGGACUAGUGCCGUUGCCUCUCUGGGCGCGGCCGGAGCAGAGGCGGAGGAGAAGGGACAGAAGUUGCCAAAGAGCCCUGGGCGGAAGCACAAGGAGGCGCCUCUGGCUCCAGGGGGCGGGGCUGGGGGCGGGGCCGGAGGCGAGGCCAGCCCCACCAAGAGCCACAAAAAAAAAGAGCGUUCGCAGCAGCACAAACACCACCACCACCACCAUCACCACCACCACCACCCGCACUCGCCCGUACCCCAGAUCCCGCCCCCGCACCCCCCACCCCCGCCCCCGCCCCACGCGCACCAACACUCCCCCCCAAGCCAGGCCAGGAGAGAGGCUCCAGCGCUGCAGGACAGUGAGCCCCAAGACCUGAGCACCCACCGACCCUGCCCCGACGACAAGCAGCCGCCGCCACCGCCGCCACCGGGCCGCCGCGAGGGGGGGCGGGCCGACAGCUGCCCCGGCAGGGACACCGUCACCAAGACUCAAGCGCCGGCGGCGGCAGCGGCGGCUGCCGACCUGAGAGCCAAGCACCGGGUGGGGGAGGGGGUGGAGGGGCGGGAGAUGAAGGACAUCGUGCCCAGCGCCGCCGUACCCAGGCCCGCCCGCGAGGAGGCGGUAGAGUCCCGGACCCCAGUGAGCGAGCGAGUGAGCUGACUGACGUAGCCCCCAGAGCGGGAGCGAGCGAGCCGGGGAAGAGAGGGCAGCCAUUUUCUUUUUUUUUUCUUUUUUUUUUUUUGAGAAAAACAAAAAAAAAAAAAGACACAAAAAUGUGUGUGUACAUAUAUGUGUAUAUAUGUUUAUAUGUAUAUACAUGUGUGUAUAUAUAUGCACAUAUAUACAUAUAUGAUAUGGUAAAACUAAAGGCAGCUGUUGUGUCUUGUUCUUUCUGUGGGUUGGGCUGUUUAACCAACGAUGAUGACAUAAGAAAAAAAACAAAAACAGAUUUUGCUUCCUGAUUAAAUUUGCAGGUUUUUUCCCAAAUGUUUAUUACCUUUUUUUUUACCUGACCAUCACCCACCCUGCCCAGUUGUACCUUUGUCAAAGCUUCAAUGAUGUGGAGGGUCAGCAAGGUAAUCUUUUAGAAAAAUGCUUCUAAGUCUAAGUAUUUUUUUGUGGUUUGAAUCUGUAAAACGCCAACCGAUCCACAAGUUAUAGAUGUCUCUUCAUCAUCUGGUAUUCUCUGUGUUUUAUAGCUGGCUAUUAAGGGACAGAGAUAAGGACAAAACUGAUAUUCGGGAAAGUGAAUCACUGUUGCCUGGCGACAUGCGUGUUCAAAUGGUUUAUGGGGGAUGUGCCACCGUCCUGUGCUACUAUCCAAAUAACGAACAUAGAUUUUUCUUUUACACCGUGUUGCCCCUCUGGCAAGCAGAAUGAUUCUGGAUGUGUGGAAAGGGACCUUGGAGUCUUUGCUAACCAGGGACUUUCCUGUGGUUUGUGGAUUCUUAGCUGUUAGGUCUUUCUUCCUCCGUGAUGAAUAGAAUCACAGCCUUGUGUGGGUUGAGUUUCAGAACUCUGAUCGGACAAUUUUAUGUAAAUAUCGUCCUUGCCAUCCUGUUCCAUUUCCACUGAAGCUUUGAACAAAGAAAGGUUUUUUUUUUUUAUUUGUUUCGUUUGUUUGUUUUCUUUUUAAAUCACAGCCAGAUAAGAACUUCCUAACAGGAGAUGAUGGUGAAUGCUGAUGUCUAGGGCCCUUCCAUAAGACUCGAUGAAGAGCUUCCAUUUUAAUCCCUUUAUUUAACACGGUAACUACAGCAUUAGCUUGUAGUGACACACACUCUCACAAAUGUGGUACACCAUUUCAAAGCAAGUUGUUUUAAAAAAAAUUUUUUUUUUUAUUAGUGUUUCUUUCUUCUUCUCCCAUUUAAUUAGGAAUGUUAUCUGUUCUCCGGGUGCAGUAGAACAUGAGCACCCUGUGGAGUUGGGAGCCUGGAAUGGCGGGGGUGGGGAGGGGGGCGGUUAGCGUGGCUGAAUUCUGUGUAGAAUAGAGAGCAGAGUGGAGCCGGAGCUGCUGAAUGGGCCAGGUGUACACUGGCUGCUGAGCGUUCCUCUCUAAUCGGCCCGCUGAGGUAAAGGAUCGUCUCUGUUUGAGCGCUCAUUUAGGGACAGGAGCAGUCCUGCACGGGGGGGUGGGGGGCCUGCUCAGCGCAACAGGGUAAUUUCAUAACAUGACUUGAGUAAGUCACUGUCCUGGGACAAAACGGUCCCAGUAUGCGUUUUUAUUUUGUUUUGCCCCCACCCCCUGUUGUUUCCGAGCAAUAUGGGUAGCCUAAGUAUGAUCACCUUGGUAAUCCUGUGAGAUGGAUUUGCACGCUGGCUGAGGCGAAGCUGCAGUUUUUUAGCGUGCCGUGGUCUGUUCCUAAGAGUGUCUGCGAUUCUGCAUCUAAGACACAGUUUUCUGUAGCUGCUCCACAGGUGGGAGUUUAGCUGGCAGUGCUGGUAUUAAAGCAUAAGGGAGAGUCUUCCACGACAUCACCUCCACUGUGGGGCCCUGUCUGUGACAUCACCGCCACUGUGGGGCUCUGUCUGUGACAUCACCUCCGCUGUGGGGCACUGUCUGUUAUUUCCAGAAUCCACCUCUUGGAAAUUGUAUCUCUGUGGGGUCAGUUAUGGGACAGUUUUGGCGAGAGAGACCAGUUCUGAUGCUUCUGCUAUAAUUCUGUCAAAUAGGUGACAGUUUGGUGAAAAGUACAGUAAUGGACAGGUUUUACAGCAGGUGUUUCAAAAGCACUUCUUGUCCAUUUGCCAAAUGAAAGAGGGUAGCCGCCUACUUCCAUAGAGCCUGUUGGUGCUCAGAGACGGUAUCCCAGCUGAGUGGAGUGAGGCUUUUGGACCCGAGGGGUUAAGCAUGUCACUGCUCCUCAAUCGCUCCUGAGAACUGCAGCUCCAUAAAGCUGUGGGGCAGUUUCUGAAGAGAGAAAAACUCCUACGACAGUCUGGAAAACGUGUCUGCUAAGCCAACCAAGCGGUGGAUUUACGUGGAUUUGAAACCGUGCGAGUUGUGAUUUGAGAGUGCAAACACGUUUUAGCGCAGUGCUUCCUUCUCGAGCGAGAACGCUGGCUCUCGGUCGCUCACAGUUUGGAGGAGCAGGUCUCGGCCCUCUCUGAGGCAGAUCUCAUCUCCAGUUUUUAUUAUAUUUAUUUAUUGAGAAAAUCAUGAGGGGCCUCUCCAAAUCCCCUGCGAAUCGUGGUCGCUGUAUCUCAGAAUUGGUCCUGCCCCCCUCCCCCCCCCCCGUAAUCUCACUUCUCAAAUUGCAAGCCCCUUUAAACUGCGUCCUGUCGGUCUUCCCCACCGUUCCUUUUAAACCGGCCAAUCAGAGCUCGGCCUGUAGCGCUCAGCCUCUGGCCUGGCCAGCGUCUGGCCCGCUCUGGCCCUCUGCCUGCCUGUGAGCGUCUGGGCUUCCAGGAGGCGGGAGGGAUUAGUGUUCCAUCUGCGGAGGCCGAAGGAAACGUCAGAGAGAGGUUCGCUGGGUUCGCCGGGUUCGCCGAGUUCGCCGAGUUCCACGGCGCCCUCUCUCUGCAGAGAGAGGGAGAGAGAGAGGGAGAGGGAGAGAGAGAGAGACUCUUGGCUCUGAGGGUUGCGUCAGGAGCCAGCGCUUCGUCUCCUCUCCAGGAGCUUUAACUCUCCCUCGUCCUGAUCGCGGGCGGCUGAGAUUGCAGCCCUGCGGGCCUUUGGUAGCUCUGUAGUAAGGCUGCGUAAGUUAAGUACGGACCCUUGAAGGAUGCUGGGGGGGGGGAGAGCAGCUUGCUGCAGGUGUUUCUGGGUGUUGGUGUGUUCCCCUGCUCACUCUUUUUUAAAGAUUGUUUUAUUUCCCUUCCCCCCUCCCCUUUCUCUCUCUCUCUCUCUCUCUCUUUUUAAUAUGAUGCUUUUAUGACCCGCUCGUCCGAACCCUUCGUUUGCGCUGCCUGUGCGCCCCGCUGGCCUGCUGGUUGCUCUGCUUUUUUGGGCCGGGUCCCCGCGUCUCGCUGCGUGCAGGGGGAGGAGCGGUCCGCCGCUGCCCGCGAGGCGUGUGCGCGUGCGCGUGCUCACAGAAACAGCAGAACUGAAAGCGCGUGCUGACGUUUACACACAGCCCCUGGGCUCAGUAGCGCGUCAUGCCGCAGGGGGACGUGAGUCUUUGGUGCCGGUCAUACUGCGCGACUCGUCUUGGUCACCGUUCCUGUGUCCGGUGUCAGUGUGCCAACUUCCAUAUUUUCGUGCUUAGAGAGUCUCUUUCUUUCCUGUGUAGGUUGGCGGAUUUGAACACACACAGUCACACAAGUACACUGGGGUUUGUUCCAGAAUGUUGUAACUUAAGAUUUUAUGAAUAUAUACAGGGUGAUUUCUUGUUUGGUUAAAUGCAUAUGUAACCUAAAAUAAUGAUUGUAUGAUCAUGAACACAGGUGAGGGUAUUGGAAAUACUCCCAUUGACAAUCCCAAAGACAUCAUCUCACACACCGGAAUCCACUUAAGGAAGUUCUUCUGUGUCUUGUAUUUUAAAAAAAAAGUGAUUUAUGAAAAAGUUGUAUUAUUAAUGUAUUUUUUUAAACACUUUUUUUGUUGUUGUUUAGCCACCUUAUGUUAAACAAAAUCAAACUUUGGUAAAAGAGUGAUUCCAUGCCUGAAGAUCGCAGGCCCUUCCCUGUUUCGACAGGCAGGCUGUUGACUCACCCGACAUCACACGCACUGAUUUUUAUUUCAUGUCCGGAGGUCGAGACCUGUACAAUAUUUCAGCACUCUCUGUUUGCAUGUUCUCACGCUCAGCUAAUUUCUCCGUUUAAUUGUGAAGACGGCUAUUAGGAGCUAAGUAGGUUUAGUUUUCAGUAAUUAUCCCAGACUGCAGAUUAAAAAAAAAAAAUUAAAAUGUGUGGCAUAAAAAACUUUAUGCACGCUACGACUUUUUUAAAAACGCUUUGCCAAUUCCACUGUUCAUUCCACGCCCGUGAGUUUGUGUGAUUACCGCAUUGAAAUGGAGACCAUUGUGCAGCCAUGUUUGCAUACAGCCGGCGGUGUGUGACAUCAGGUGCCAUGUGCAUACGGAACUCUGGCUUGCACAUUUUCAGAUGCAGGUCUCAGGACAUACUUUUUUAUUAAGAACACACACACACACACACACACACACACACAGAUACAAGACACACACACACACACACACACACACUCAAACAUGCACAAAUUCCCAGGACAAGCAGUGGUAAUGAAGUACCAAAUUAACCUUACGUCUGCUUUCGUGACCCAAAAAUUUAUGGAAUAAGCCCUUAUUAAACAGAGCAUCUGCUUCUCCAUCAGGAUGUAUGGCAGAUUUAAUGGGAUUAAAAUAAGGAGUUCUUACUCUUAGGAAUUUGUGGUUACUGUUAGUAUUUUGGAGGUCUGGUUGUCAUGAGAUAUGAAGUGGCUGCUCAUUGAAGAUUAAACAAAUUGCAAAAGAUACCUAACCCUAAAAUUCAGGCAACAGUAGCUUAUCUUUGACAGGGAAAAUUGGAAAAUGAGGUUCACGCCAAUAUCUGUGUAUUUUCUGGAGACCGUUCUGGGCCGAUAAGGUCUAUGUGAUAGAUGUGAUCGAUGUUGGGUAGAGCUGAUAGACUGGGAAAGAAAGAGGAACACACGCGACUCUGUGUGGCACCAGAAGCCUUUAUUUAAAAAAGGAAUUAAUUUGUGUAGUAGUGCAGUUACUGUGGCUUGGAAAACGAGAUAAGCAUAUGCUACUGUUGACAGCCGUUGUCUUAAUUACUCCUCCCAUCUGCAAUCAAAGUGGGGUUUAAACCAGUCAGAGAAAAGGCAGAAGCUCCAUACUGGCCUGAAGCCAAACGGGACACUCCCCACCCCCGCCCCCCCCCACCCUGGCCCGUCCCGGAGCUGUGGGAACGGGCACCCAUUUAACCUUGAGGGUCCGGAAAUGACGCAGACUGGAGGAGAGAGCGAGAGAACGCAUUCUCCAUCGCCAUAGUUAUAAGCGCAACAUGCGCAGCAGUCUGUGGCACUGGUGUUUAAUGGCAGUAUUAAUGCAGCCUAUCAUAUUAACUUUAAUACGUUUAUAUGUUAAUUGCGUGUGGAGCUGGAAUCGUUGAGAUGCUUUUUUUUAAGUCCUGUUCCCAGUUUUUAAAAAUAUAGAAAUAAAGUAAUGCAGCUGUACCUCCAAAUACGAAAUAUUAUGACAUAUGACAUGUGUCUUGAGUGGGAAUUUAUUUAUAUUUUUUUAUUUAUUUUAUUUACAAAUGCAUAACCACAGAUUUAGCCCAUGUACCAUGUACGAAGGUACACAAUAUCAAAUUUGACACACAGAUUUCAUUUACACACACAAACCCACAUGUGUGCCAGUGUAACUACAUGCAUACAUACACUUGGAUUGAGUUUAUACCCACAUCAAAGACGAUAUAAAGAACAGUGUAAGAAGUCAACGCUCCUACAAAUGCUACUAAGUAUUGAAUGCACUAGAUAGGAGAAAUACUUUGUUUUCUGUGAUAAAAAUGGUCUUGUUUGAGAAAUUGGUAUUUAGAUUUUAACACUUGCAUGGCAAUUCUAGAGAGUUCUAUUUAUUAGUGACUUUUCUAAGGUGUAGCUUAGAACAGUGUGUACAACUUUCAUGCACCAAUAUCUUAAACGUCAAAUAAUCAGUGGCAUUCUGACAUUUUUUCUUCUGUAGAUGUGGAAAGUGAAUCUAUAGAACAGCAAAACUUUGACAAUCGGAAGUGGAAUGAGGGCAAAUCAAACAAACAAACAAACAAAAAAAAAGAA